CUUCAGCUAAUUCAGCUUCCUAUUAUUUCAUGAUGAUGAAGAAGAAGAGCUAACAAAGCAUAAGAAGCGCUUCAACAUCCUAAAGUCUUCACCUUUCUCCACUUUUCUUAUUCAAUUCCCUACCUUUCUUAAUUUUCCCUAACUUUCUUGCUCGCAUCUCUUUCGGAUCCUCCAUGGAUCCAAUCACCGCUUCUUCACACGGCCACCACCUCCCUCCACCUUUCCACACCCGUGAUUUCCACCAACAGCUCCACCACCUUCCUCCCCAACUUCACCAACACUCCAAAUCAGACGCCGACGACUUGAUCCUUCACCGCGGCAAGAAACGCGAUAGCAUCGACGAUGAUAGUUCCAACAACCAUAGCGGUGGUGAGGGUAAGGAUAUCAUUCAAGGAAACGGUAGCGACGGGGAUAUGAUGCGUCGCCCACGCGGUCGACCUGCCGGAUCUAAGAAUAAGCCGAAGCCGCCAAUUAUAAUCACCCGCGACAGCGCAAACGCCCUCCGUUCCCACGUUAUGGAAAUAGCCGGUGGCUGUGAUAUAGUCGAUAGCCUUGCAGCUUUCGCCCGUCGCCGCCAGCGCGGCGUUUGUGUUCUUAGCGGUAGCGGUACCGUUACAAACGUUAAGCUCCGGCAACCUGGUUCGAGUACUGCUGUUGUUAGCCUUCACGGCCGAUUCGAAAUUCUUUCACUUUCAGGUUCGUUUCUCCCGCCGCCGGCGCCGCCUGCGGCGACGGGACUGACUGUUUACUUAGCCGGCGGACAGGGGCAAGUUGUUGGAGGGAGUGUUGUGGGGCCGUUGAUAGCUUCUGGACCUGUGGUUAUAAUGGCGGCUUCGUUUGGGAACGCAGCGUAUGAAAGAUUGCCGCUUGAGGAGGAUGAAACGAUGGCAGUUCCAGGGGGGAUGGGAUCACCGGGGAUGAUGGGAUCGCCUCCGACGUCGGGCGGAGGUCCGAUGACGGAGGGAGGGGGAGCGCCGCCGGGUUUAUUUCACGGCCUGCAACAAAAUCUAUUGAACAACGUGCAGAUGCCGGGAGAGGCAUAUGGGUGGGCUACGGGAGGAGGAAGGCCAUCUUUCUAAACCUUCUUUUUUUAGUCUUUCUUCUUCUUCUUCUUCUUCUUCUUCUUC